AUGGAAUGUUCCCUUGUCGCCAAUUCCCAUCACCGACACGAUGAGCAUGCAUCAUCAUUGCAAGCGAAGGCAACUGCCGAGCAGAAGGACAAGAAAACACCCAGCAAGGGAUCGAGCGUCGACGCCACGCCCAAACCCUCAACGAAGGCGAAGGACGGGAAGGGAGCUGCUGAAGCACAUAGCAAGAAGGAGGCUGCACCAAAGGAGAAGUCGGUCGAGGUCAUGAAGGAGGAUGGGGGAGACGAGGACUUUUGGGGCGGACAGUCUGAAGAGACGUACUUCAGCCACCGACGAGAGAGUCACGAGAUGGUUGCCAAGGAUGGCUUAGCCCUCCCAGCAAAGGACGAGAAAGCUACCAGACCGGAAUCACCCGCCGUCCAGUCUGAAGAGGACUACUGGAGCCACCGACGAGAGAGCCUGGUGGAGAUGGGCGCCGCCGAUCCCCCUCCCGAGGCGAACACGGACGACUUCCAAGAUGCAGCCAUGGACGAAAUCCCAGAGGAUUUCUGGGACCAGAAGCGCAGGAACAGUCGACUGGAGGAUCUCGACAAUGAGUUGGAUAUUAUCCUCGAAAAGGAACGCAACAUGCGCAAGCCUAAAGACAUUGGAGACAAAAAGAAAGCCGGCAUGUCAGUGAAAGUGCCUCUGUUCAGCGUGAUACAUCGUAAGCACUGAAACCAGGAACUUGACUACAAGUUCGCGUGCACGUAUUUUUUUUUUCAUAUAUAUCUUUGUACGCGCGACGCGUUCCGGCGAUACCGCGAAUGAGUUCCGGCCGCGGGACGGCAUGCUCUCGUGAUUUUCAUUUCCUUUUUUCUGAGAGGUAGUGUGUAGCUAAUCGAUCUAAUAAAUCGGCUCGACCCCCACA